CGCCGUGCGCGUGCGCGCGGCAGGUCGGCGCCAGGCGGGGGCGGAGCGACAGUCGCAGGCCCACGCCGUAAACAGACAACAUGGCGGCCGCGGUGGCGACUGCACCUGGGACAUUGGGAUCCCUGCACGCUGGCGGCGUCCGCCUGGUAGCUGCUUGCAGUGCACGGCUCUGCCGGGGGUUGAGGCUUCCCGGCUUGUUGGCGGGCCGGCGGGUGGGCCCGGCAAUCUGGGCCCAGAGCUGGGUGCCUGCGGCCGGGGGUCCCGCCCCAAGAAGGGGCUACAGCUCUGAGGUGAAGACGGAGGACGAACUACGGGUGCGGCACCUGGAGGACGAGAACCGAGACAGAGACAAGAACAUGGUCAAAGCAUGGAGAUGUGAACAUGUAUGAUGUAUUUGGGAAGUAACAUAAGGCAAGUGUGGCAUGAUAAACAGAAUAGUAAGAAAUUCAGCUGGAAGUGUAGAUUGGCACUGGAGUGAGUACAGCUUGAAUGCCACCAUCUUUUGGGAAUUGUGGUGCUUGGAAUAAACAGAGCUUAUGGCAAAAAUUCACUCAGUAAAAAUCUUAUAAAAAUGCUAUCAAAAGCUGUGGAUGCUUUGAAAUCUGAUAAGAAAGUACGGACCAUAAUAAUCAGGAGUGAAGUCCCAGGGAUAUUCUGUGCUGGUGCUGACCUUAAGGAAAGAGCCAAAAUGAGUUCCGGUGAAGUUGGUCCUUUUGUCUCCAAAAUAAGAGCAAUGAUUAAUGAUAUUGCUAACCUUCCAGUGCCAACGAUUGCAGCAAUAGAUGGACUCGCUUUAGGUGGUGGUCUUGAACUGGCUUUAGCUUGUGAUAUACGAGUAGCAGCUUCCUCUGCAAAAAUGGGCCUGGUUGAAACAAAAUUGGCAAUUAUUCCUGGUGGAGGGGGGACACAGCGAUUGCCACGUGCCAUUGGAAUGUCCCUGGCCAAGGAGCUCAUAUUCUCUGCGCGAGUCCUCGAUGGCCAGGAAGCCAAAGCAGUGGGCUUAAUCAGCCAUGUUCUGGAACAGAACCAGGAGGGAGACGCUGCCUACAGAAAGGCCCUGGACCUGGCGAGAGAGUUUUUACCUCAGGGACCUGUUGCAGUGAGAGUGGCAAAAUUAGCAAUUAAUCAAGGGAUGGAGGUCGAUUUAGUAACAGGGUUAGCCAUAGAAGAAGCUUGUUAUGCUCAGACCAUUCCAACGAAAGACAGACUUGAAGGUCUUCUUGCUUUUAAAGAGAAAAGGCCCCCUCGCUAUAAAGGAGAAUAGAAGGAACAGAAAUUCUUAAGAUGCCAAUGUAAUAAAUGUACUUCUGGAAGUGUCUUUCAGAUCCACUAUAUGCCUGAGCACGUGGAAUCUCAAUGACCAAAGUGAAGAGCAAAUUAUUCAUAUAGUGUAAUUAGCAUCUGGAAUGGACCCAUCUGUGUACUUCAUUCAAAUAUGUAAAUGUCAUAUGCAUUCAGAUUUAUAAAGCUAGUAGUGUAUAUUGUCAGAAAACAGGCAAAGUUAGAUAUACAUUUUUAAAUAUUUCCUGCAUAAGAGGCUUUCUGUUCCUAAUUUUUUAAUGUGAAUAAUUUAUAUAUUGCACACUAGGAAAUAAUAUUGAUUAUAUGUCUACUGUGCUGCAUUAAGAAAAUAAAAUUAUUUCUAUAUACCAAAAAUGUGAAGUUAUACCAAAUAAAGUUUCUAAGUGAUUGAUGCAUAUGAACAGAUACAUAUACAUACAUCUAAACCUGAAAAAUGAAUUGAUAUUCUGAGUGAAAACUACCUAAUAUAAAUAAAACUAGUGAAAAGAAAAUGUGGGAAUUUUUCUCU